UAUUAUGAUGAGAUUCUCAUUUUCUUUUUCUUUUUUAACAAUGCAAUGCAAUGUGUGCUCCCGUUCCCUGUUAUUACUGUUGCUCUUUCUUUCUUUCUUUCUUUCUUUCACCUUUUGAAUCUUUGACGCAACGUUUAUUAUAUCUUCUUCACUUGAGCUUUCUCUAAUUGUUACUUCUUUGCUCAGUUAUCACUAAUCAACUCAAAUUGUUCUCAGCAUUUUUGCCAACCUUCUUCUGCUAUUCACUAUCUCCACAAAGUUCUUGUAGGAUCAGGUGAUUGUGUUGGAGCUUGUUGUGGACUUGGUUCUUCAAUCUGGGAGGAUGGUUUUAUAAUUGUGUUUGUGUAUAAGAGAGGGAGUGCUCUGAAUUAUAAGGUUGAGCUUUGGAUCAAGAAUGGGUUGGAAGAGAUCUGAUUUUGUGGUCAAGAGAGUGAUGAAGAUCUAUGGAGAAGUUUUAUUGGGAUUCUUGUUGAUCUGCACACUUCAGUUUUCAAGUGCAGACACUGAUCCCACUGACGUUGCUGCAAUUAAUAGCUUACAUGUUGCAUUGGGAUCUCCUCCUAUCCCCCUGUGGUCAUCUAGUGGGGGAGAUCCAUGUGGACAAGGGUGGCAAGGAGUUCAAUGUAAUGGUACAUUCAUACAAAAGAUAGUUCUGAAUGCCGCAAACUUGCAAGGAGAACUAGGCGAUAAUCUGGCGAAUUUCGUUUCCAUCUCAGUAAUUGAUCUAAGCAACAACAAUAUUGGGGGAAGUAUUCCAUCCAAUUUGCCAGUUACACUGAGAAACUUUUUUCUUUCGGCCAACCAGUUCACCGGAAGUAUUCCGGCCUCUUUAUCCUCAUUGACUGGACUGACAGACAUGUCUCUUAACGAGAAUCAUUUAAGUGGAGAAAUACCAGAUGCAUUCCAGUCACUUCCGCUGUUGAUCAACUUAGAUUUAUCUAAUAAUAAUUUGAGUGGGGAAUUGCCUCCGUCAAUGGGAAAUUUGUCAUCAGUGACCACACUAAACUUGCAGAAUAAUCAACUCUCCGGGACUCUUGAUGUUUUACAAGACCUUCCUCUUAAAAAUUUGGAUGUUUCGAACAAUCAGUUUGCUGGUCCAAUACCUCCGAAGUUGCUGAGCAUCCCUAACUUCAGACAAGCUGGAAACCCAUUCAAUGUUGUUAACUCUACUGCACCAGCUACUUCUCCACCUCGUUCCCCAGUGGCUGCACCACCAGGAACACCGGUUCCUAAAACACCAGCUUCCGGAACACCAUCUUCUGGAACGCCAUCUUCCGGACGUGGACCUCCUAAACAAGCUGAUGGACCAACUGCAGCUAAGGAAUCAAGUUCUGGGAAAUCGAAAAAACACACCAAAAGGGUGGUUUGGAUAGUUAUUGGUAGCAUUUUGGGAUUCAUUAUAUUGUUACUAGCACUCAUUCUCUUUUUGCCAAGAUGUGCCAGAAGGGAGCGGGACGACAGAAGGUCCAAGAGACAUCAAAUUGGUGCAUAUGGAGGUGGAGGUGACAGACCACAUUCUAGGGAUCAUGGGGCUUUGGUCCCACCGCCUAGUCAAACAGAGAAAGGGGAUAUUCGAAGACCGAAAGAGGAUCACCAUGUGGAAACCAGGGCACUGGCGGCCAUUCCAAAGACUCAAGAUGAGCAAGAUAAAAAUAUGCAAAGAAUGACUUCAAUAGACAUGAGUACAAUCGAUGUCUAUUCCAUGCCUCCACCACCUCCUCCUCCCCCUCCACCGCCACCACCUCCUCCUCCUCCAACUACUGACAGGGUGGUUGUUGAGCCGACCACAUUCAACAGAGGGACUAAUGUCAAUAAAUCCCCAAUACGUUCUCCAAUUCGUUCCCCAAUACGUUCAGUUCCUCCUCCCACUUUUGCAAAAUUUUUUAGUAUUGCAUCCCUUCAACAAUAUACAAAUAGUUUCUCUCAAGAAAAUCUUAUAGGAGGUGGCAUGCUGGGCACUGUGUAUAGGGCAGAGCUUCCUAAUGGGAAGGUACUUGCUGUGAAGAAGCUUGAAAAGAGAGUUUGUGAUCACCAGAAGGAGGAGGAUUUUCUUGAAUUAGUGAAUGGCAUUGAUAGAAUACGACAUGUAAAUAUCGUCGAGCUUAUUGGGUACUGUUCGGAGCAUGGUCAAAGGCUUCUGAUAUAUGAGUAUUGCAGUAAUGGAUCACUCUAUGAGGCACUUCACUCAGAGGAUGAAUUCAAAACAAGACUCUCAUGGAAUGCUCGCAUCCGGAUAGCACUUGGGGCGGCUAGGGCCCUAGAGUAUUUGCAUGAGCAAUGUAUGCCAGCUGUGAUUCACAGAAAUUUCAAGUCUGCUAACAUUCUUCUUGACGAUGACCUAUCAGUGCGUGUAUCUGAUUGUGGGUUGGCUCCAUUAAUAGCUUCAGGAUCUGUCAGUCAGCUAUCCGGACAACUGCUAACAGCUUAUGGCUAUGGAGCUCCGGAAUUUGACUCAGGAGUUUACACAUACCAAAGUGAUGUUUACAGCUUUGGAGUAGUUAUGUUAGAACUUUUGACUGGCCGUCAGUCCCAUGACAGGAAGCGACCUCGAGGGGAGCAGUUUCUGGUCAGAUGGGCAGUUCCCCAACUCCAUGAUAUUGAUGCAUUGUCAAGCAUGGUUGAUCCUUCUUUGAGUGGAGAGUACCCCACCAAAUCAUUAUCAAAUUUCGCAGACAUUAUUUCUCGAUGCCUUCAGUCGGAGCCAGAAUUUAGGCCUGCAAUGUCAGAGGUCGUCUUGUACUUAUUGAACAUGAUCAGGAAGGAGUCCCAGCAAAGUGAAUCAGAUGAAAUAUGAGAAUGGUAGUGAUGUUUGAUCUUGAAUUCAUGUGCAAAGAUUUACAUUUACCUGCCAAAUAUAAGGUAUUAAUAAUAUACAUGUCAUAUAUGGAUGGCUCAAUUAGAUGCCUCCAUGUUCCAUUUCUUCCAUGCUAACCUAUUCAACAUUCACAUUCCAAAAGCCUCAGAAAUUCAGUCACAAACACUCCUCACAUGUGUGGUCAUAUUCAUAUAUACAUGAUAUUCCAUAGUUCAUUGAAACCUUUUUAGUGUUUUAGUGUUGUGCUUAGUGUGCUAACCCCACCCAUUUGUUUGGUAGUUGUUUCCAAAUUCUUAAAAGUGUAAUGUAGGUCAAAGUUGUGCAUCCUUUUUUUAUGUGUACAUUGAUAAUGGAAUUUUGAUAUUCAAUUGUACCAAAUCAUUAAGCAUCAUUGUAAUAAUUUUCUAAUAAUGAUAUUGUUCUUUGUAACCUAUAUAAAAAAGCAGCAUCUAGUAGUCGGUUUUUUUGUUUUAA